GGCCCGGGCAAGUUUGGGCUCGGCUCGGCCCCGGCCAUGGCCUUCCGCCGGCGGGCCAAGAGCCACCCGCUCUUCAGCCAAGAGUUCCUCAUCCACAACCACGCCGACAUCGGCUUCUGCCUGGUGCUCAGCGUCCUCAUCGCCCUCAUGUUCGAGGUCACAGCCAAGACUGCCUUCCUGUUCAUCUUACCUCAGUAUAAUGUUAGUGUGCCUACAGCAGAUGGGGAGCUGGUCCAGUAUCACUAUGGGCUGAAGGAUCUGGUCACCAUCCUCUUCUACAUCUUCAUCGCCAUCAUCCUGCACGCAGUGGUGCAGGAGUACGCCCUGGACAAAAUCAACAGGCGUCUGCAUCUCUCCAAGGUCAAACACAGCAAGUUCAAUGAGUCAGGGCAGCUGGUUGCCUUCCACCUCACCUCUGUCAUCUGGUGCCUGUACGUCGUGGUGACGGAAGGAUACAUUUCAAACCCCCGGAGUCUGUGGGAAAACUACCCACAUGUUUAUCUGCCGUACCAGGUGAAGUUUUUCUACCUGUGCCAGCUGGCGUACUGGCUGCACGCCCUGCCUGAGCUCUACUUCCAAAAAGUCCGCAAGGAGGAGAUCCCCCGGCAGCUGCGCUGCAUCACGCUCUACCUGCUGCACAUCACCGGCGCCUACCUGCUCAACUUAACCCGCUUGGGGCUGAUCCUGUUGCUGUUGCAGUACUUGGCCGAGUUCUUCUUCCACAUGGCACGGCUGGUUUACUUCACGGACGAGAACAAUGAGAAGCUGUUUAAUGUCUGGGCUGUCGUGUUCGUGGUCACCAGGCUCUUCACCCUCACCUUGUACAUCCUGGUCAUCGGCUUCGGGCUGCCACGAGUGGAGAGCCAGGCCCUGGACCCUGAGAGAGGGAACUUCUUCAGCUUCCUCUUCAACAAUAUCCUCUUCAGAAUGAGUGUGCUGCUGUUGGUGUGCCUCUUCCAGGCCUCGGUGAUGUGGCGCUUCAUCCACUUCCAGCUGCGGCGCUGGAGGGAAUACUGGCACGAGCAGAGCAGUCGGAAGCGAGCCGCCGCCGCCGCCGGCACCAAGCAGCAAACCAAGCUGCUCAAGAGGGACUCGGGUUACCAUGAAAACGGAGUGGUGAAAGCAGAGAACGGAACCUCACCUCGCACCAAGAAGCUCAAGUCUCCCUAGAAGCCAAGAGUUGUCUCCUGGGGAGGAGGGCGAGAUACCAGGACUGAGCAGCUCCUCCUGCUCCUCACGAGUGGCGUCGUGAAAGGCUCGGGAUCAUCUUCCCAAGGUGUCUCUCGCUCACCUCCCUUCCUUUCUUGCUCUCAUGAACCGUUUGCAAUAAAACCAAAAAGGCCCCUUUCCCCUUCUCCCAUCCCCCUCACAGGAACAUUCUCCAUCCCUCCUGGUUUUGCCUUCCUCUGUUUGAUCAGAAACCAGCGUGCAAUUUUUUUUUUCUCUUUUCUAUUUUAGCGUUCGGUUAUUUUGGUUAAUGGUUGCAAAUGUAUCAUAGAUGGUUCCAAACAAUCCUUUUUUCUCCUA